CGUGGCGUCACUUCCGUAGAAAAUUACCUAAACACGGUGAUGUUAGCUGCUCUGUUGUGUUUAUAUUUGGUUUAGGUUCGUUUUGUUUCUCAUUUAAAGCCUCCGCUGGUCGCAGAACACCAUCAGGACAGAAACGUAGCAGAAAAGAAGCCAAAGACUUAAGAAAACAAGAAAGUUUGGCUGCUUGAAAGCAAAAUAUGAGGAAAUGAAGUUGGACUUGGAACGUUAGCAUCCCACUACUUUCCCCAUUUAAAUCAGCAUUCAUGGAGCCUUCCAGUAAACCUGGUUUCAACCAGGUGGCUGAUGUGGUGUUCGUCAUCGAAGGAACAGCCAACCUCGGACCGUACUUUGAAUCCUUAAGGAAAAACUAUAUACUUCCAGCAAUUGAAUAUUUCAACGGAGGGCCUCCAGCAGAAACAGAUUUUGGUGGAGAUUAUGGAGGAACCCAGUACGGCCUUGUGGUGUUUAACACGGUUGAGUGCGCUCCGGAAUCCUACGUCCAGUGUCACGCACCAACUAGUUCUGCCUUUGAGUUUGUCUCAUGGAUCGACAAAAUCCAGUUUAUGGGGGGUGGAGCAGAGAGCUGCAGCCUGAUUGCUGAAGGGCUCUCUGUGGCUUUGCAGCUUUUUGACGACUUUAAAAAGAUGAGAGAGCAAAUAGGUCAGACUCACAAAGUGUGUGUGCUGCUGUGUAACUCCCCCCCGUACCUGCUCCCUGCUGUGGAGAGCGUCAGCUACACUGGCUGCACCGCAGACAGCUUGGUCAAAAUCAUCAGAGAUAGAGGAAUUCACUUCUCUGUGGUUGCUCCUCGGAAACUGCCCGCUCUCAGAGCUUUGUUUGAGCGGGCAUCUCCAGUGAGCGGGGCGGUUGAACCCCACCCCGACUACAGCCAGGAUCCGUUCCACAUGGUGCUGGUCAGAGGCAUCUCGCUUCCACCUAACACAGGUGGAGGACCUGGACCGCUGAAGCCUGUGCUCCCCCCUCAACAGCUGAGUGUCAGCCAGCCUGUUGUUGGGCCUCCUCAGGCCCCUCCACCCAUUAACACGCCCCACUCUUAUCAGAAUUUGACCUCCAUGACUCCUGCUCAUGUGGCUGCACAGAGGGCCGUCGAAGCAGCCAACAACCAGAAGAGUCGCUUCCCUGGAAUGGUUCCUCAAGGUCCUCCAUUCUCAAGUCAGCCUCCUGGCUCCGUGAUGAAGACCGGUCAGCCCAGCAUAUCAACGGUUACCACAGCAACCCAGCCAAUGGUGCCACAGCCAGUUCCACCCAAUCCUCAGCCACCUGUUCCAUCCCCAGGACAGCCGGUGCCUAAUCAGCCAACACAAACGCAGCCUCAGCCCACAGUCAACCAGCCCACAGCACCGUCAGCACCACCCAUCAUGGCUGCUGUGGCUGCAGGUCAAGUCAAUCCAAAUUCCAUUGGACAGCCUCAAGGUGUAGCCAAUAAGAUCGUGGCAUGGACAGGCGUGUUGGAGUGGCAGGAGAAACCUAAAGCUUCGUCUAUGGACUCAGCCACCAAACUCACACGUUCUCUACCGUGUCAAGUUCACGUCAACCAAGGAGAGAAUCUAAACACAGAGCAGUGGCCCCAGAAGCUCAUCAUGCAGCUGAUCCCACAGCAGUUACUGACAACCUUAGGGCACCUUUUCAGAAACUCGCGAAUGGUUCAGUUUCUCUUUAACAACAAGGACCUGGACUCGCUGCGGGGCCUGUACCGCAUUAUGGCCAAUGGUUUUGCGGGCUGUGUCCACUUUCCUCACACCACUUCGCCAUGUGAGGUGCGAGUGCUGAUGCUGCUGUACUCUUCCAAGAAGAAAAUAUUCAUGGGCCUCAUCCCCAACGACCAGAGCGGCUUCGUCAACGGCAUACGGCAAGUGAUCACCAACCACAAGCAGGUCCAGCAACACCGAGCGCAGCAAAUGGGUGGAGCGGGGGGUCCAAUGCAGCCCAAUCAGGUUCCCCCCAACCAGAAUUUUCUGAACAGAGCCCCUGGUCCCAUUCCUGUUUCCCAUGGUAACGUCCAGCAGCAGUCUGUGGUGGUGGGCAUGACACCAGUUAGUCAGGUCUCUAUAAUGGAGGAGCAGCAGAGGCAGAGCAACAUGAUGACGAUGAGAGCAGCCGGACCAGCCAAUCAGCAGCCAGCGGUUAGCGGAGCUCCGCCCAAUCAGGUCACUCAGAGCGGACAGCCUCCGGGUUCCAUACUUCGACUUCCGAACCCCGGAGCCAAUCCACAGCUUCGCAGCCUCCUCCUGAGUCAACAGCAGCCACAGAAUGCGGUGUCUCACAUGCCAAACAUGAUGUCCCAUCCAGGCUUAGGACAGCAGCUGGUCCACUCGGCACCAGGAGGGGGGGCUCAAAUGCAAGGCCAGUGGAGGCAGCCGAUGACAGGGAUGGACGUUCAGGCAGCAGAGGAAAUCCUCGCAGGUCAGAUGCUGAUGUCCGGAGGUCAGAGGGGACCCGUGCCCCAGCCCGGGAUGUCCCAAGUCUCCAGUGUGAUAGAGGAGGAAAUGCUCAUGGACCUGCUCUGACCAAGCGUGGUGGACUCUGUAAUAUAAUUUCUCGUCAGUUCCGAGCAGCAGUUCUGGGCUCAUAGAUCUGUUAUUUCUUUUAUUUUUGUUUUUGCUACAAAUAUUUGAUAUAAGUAAGAAAUAAAUCAUGUAUUUUCAGGCUUUUGAACAUCAGCUCUCAGCUUGAGUUAACUAGGAACUUGAAAGUGUGUGUGUGUGUGUGUGUGUGUGUGUGUGUGUGUGUGUGUGUGUGUGUGUGUGUGUGUGUGUGUGUGCGUGCGUGCGUGCGUGCGUGCGUGCGUGAGUGUGUGUGUGUUAUUUUUCUUUCAUGUAAGUGGUCUAAAAGUGGGCCGCGGAUCCUUUGUUCUACCAGCUGGACCGGACCAUGGAGAACGGUCCAUUAAGUCUCUAUAAACUCAACUCAUCUACAAGUUUUACAUCCCAACAUUAAAGUGAAAACCGCUGUUUAGUUCUCUUUUAUUUAAAAUGUUUGUUUUUGUCCUUUUGAUCAAGGUGAAAUAAAAAUUUCUGUAAUUUC